CCAAGACAUCAAAAAGGUCCGAUGAUAUAUUUCCCCUAAGCGCAGUGCUCACUCGACACCAACUCAUCCAGCGCUUUUUAGCGCAAAACCCUCCCCCUCCACCUCCUCCUCCUCCUCCUCCUCCUCCUCUCUGCAACUCGUCUGAGUGUAGAGAGAGAGACAACUAGAGAGAGAAACCAGACAGAUAUGGAAAGUUCCUUCCUCUCUCCACCAGCGAAGCGUUCAAUCCACACCGCCACAGGAAUGCUCGAAUCCAACAACAAUUCCUACACCACCUCCAACGGUGCGUCCUCCAAACGCUCCAAACCGCCUCCACCCCUCGCGGUCCCAGCCGGCCACGUCGCGUUCCGCCUCCUCUGUCACGCCUCCCGCAUCGGCGGCGUCAUAGGCAAGUCCGGCACCAUCAUCAAGCAGUUACAGCAGGACACGGCGGCGAAGAUCCGAGUUGAAGAGCCAUCAUCCGGUUCCGACGACAGAGUCAUUAUCAUCGUUGCUUCGAACUCACUCAACAAGAAAAUUACGUUGAAGGAUCCAGAGGAAGAUGAAAGAGGCAGUGAUGAAGAAUUUGAGGUUUCCGCGGCGCAGGAAGCGCUAAUUAGGGUUUUUGAGAGGAUUCUUGAUGUUGCAGCAGAGACCGACGGAGUAUCCGUAUCGCCUGGGGGUGUAGUAUCGUGUAGAUUGUUAGCGGAGGCGACUCAGGCCGGGUCAGUGAUUGGAAAAGGAGGGAAGGUAAUUGAGAAGAUUAGGAAAGAUAAUGGCUGUAAAAUUAAGGUUUUGAGUUCAGAGAAGUCGCCGGCUUGCGCUUUGCCGGGCGAGGAAAUGGUAGAGAUUGAGGGUGAUGUUCUGGCCGUUAAGAAAGCACUUGUUGCUGUUUCCCGCCGACUUCAAGAUUGUCCAUCAUCUGACAAAACAAAGAUGACUGGAAGCAGACCACCUGAGGCAAUUCCAAAUGAGACCUUACCUGUCUCACGUGUGGAUCGUCCGCCAUCGCGUAGUUCAAUGCUACAACCUAUGCCAACCAGCUCUCUGAAUUAUGCCUCUGGAGGUCGUCCAUUGCCAAUAGAGGCUGACAGGAUUCCCUACCCGGACACAAGGAUGCAACAGCAAGAAGUGAUUUUUAAGCUUCUCUGUUCCAAUGACAGGGUAGGGGGUGUUAUUGGCAAGGGAGGAACAAUCGUCAAGGCUCUUCAGAAUGAAACAGGUGCUUCUAUAAGUGUUGGAGGUACUGUAGCAGAUUCUGAUGAACGAUUAAUUACUGUUUCUGCAAUGGAGAAUUCUGAAUCACAGUACUCGCCAGCGCAAAAUGCAGUUAUUCUUGUUUUUAAUAGAUCUAUAGAGGCUGGCAUCGAAAAGGGGCUGGAUUCAGGCUCAAAUAAUGGGUCACCUGUUUCUGCACGGCUUGUAGUCCCAUCAAACCAAGUUGGUAGCUUGUUGGGUAAAGGAGGCACAAUAAUUUCAGAGAUGAGGAAGAUAACUGGUGCUGGCAUACGAAUAAUUGGGGGAAACCAAGUGCCAAAGUGUGCUCCAGAAAAUGUUGAAGUAGUGCAGAUUACAGGCGAGUUUGUAAAUGUACAAGAUGCAUUGUACAAUGUUACUGGUAGACUGCGAGAUAACUUCUUCCCCAGUAAAAUAUCAAAUGGUUCUGGAAUUAGGAGCAGUUCCUCUGCAAUUACUGAGGUCAGUCCCUAUGGAAGAUCAAGGGAUCCUUCUUCUCUUGGACUGCAUUCUGUCGGGGUCUCUCAUAAUAUCAAUCGGCAUCCUACUUUAACACAGAGUAUGGAUCAUCUCGGACUUUCCCAGAAUUUUGAUCAUCCUCCAUUGCCAAGGUCAUGGGCAUCGGAGACUGUAACUGGAGUAAAUCCAAGGAGCAUCAUGGAUGUUGGCAGAGGAUUGACUUCUUUUAAAGGUGGCGUUGAACUUGGCAGUGGAAGCAGAUCCGCCAUUGUGACAAAUACAACUGUGGAAAUUGUAGUUCCCGAAAAUGUUAUUGGCUCGGUUUAUGGGGAGAAUGGUAGCAAUUUGGCUCGUUUGAGACAGAUUUCGGGAGCAAAGGUCACAGUGCAUGAGCCUCAUCCUGGAACAAGUGAAAGGAUUGUCGUCAUAUCAGGAACCCCCGAUGAAACCCAGGCAGCUCAGAGCCUCCUGCAAGCUUUCAUCCUUACUGGACCAUCAUGACAAGAUCAUCCUUACUCUUGACAAUCUCACCGAGGAGAAGACAGCUACAAAUUCUCACCCGUUUUAAUAUAUUUGUUCCAUCCAACUUCUGUACACUAAAUUUAGGAGUCUUUGAGCCCUCUGUUUAUGCCAAUCUUUUCGUUUCGCUCCAAAGCAUAUCAACAUCAAUCAAUCACCAAAAUGUUUUGUAGGAGGAGAAAACAUUAUUGUUGUUUGAA